CGUGCUUUUCCCGCAGCAAUGACGUCACGUAGGCCCUCCCCUUCCCCGCAAGUAAACAGAAAACAUUGAAGAAAACGGUCGUGCCAGUCGCCGUACAUGUGUUUGAUGCGAGAAAAUAUGGUGCGGGAGAUGAAAGCGGACGUUGACUUCACGUUUCCCGUGUGUUUUUAGCAAACUUGUGAAUCCUGGGGCCAGCUGACCUGCGCUGGAGCGAUGAAGGGAGAGGCGGAAGUGAAGUCACUUGACAGACCGUCCAUGUUAUUAUUGUUAUUUUGGUAGCCUUGCGAUGAGACGGGCUGGGGAGCCGUUGGUCUCCGAGACAACGACCGUUAACGUUACCGCAGGCCGCCCCGGAACCGACACCACCACCCUCACCACCGCCUCGCUGACCCGGAGACAGGAGCCUCGCUGACGGCUGGGGGGGAGGAGGAGGGGAGGGAGGGUGUGAGGACCCAGCUCCAGCUCGGCUCCUACACUCCGACCGACCAAAAAUAAAACGGCGACAAAAACAAUAACGGCAGUCGUCAAACGGUUCGGCUGGUAUCUGUGCGGUUUGUAGCAGGGACGUGCCGCCGCAGACAUGAACGGUAUCACCAAGGGCCGGUUCGAGGUGUUCUCAAACAGCGAUGAAGCCCCCAUUAACAAGAAGCUCCCCAAAGAGCUUCUUCUUAGAAUAUUCUCCUAUCUAGAUGUGGUAACACUCUGUAGGUGUGCCCAAGUAUCCAAGGCGUGGAAUGUCCUGGCCCUAGAUGGCAGCAACUGGCAGAAGAUCGACUUGUUCAACUUCCAGACAGACAUAGAGGGGCGGGUGGUGGAGAACAUUUCGAAGCGUUGUGGAGGCUUCCUGAGGCAGCUGAGCCUCAGGGGCUGCCUGAGCGUGGGAGAUGCCUCCAUGAAGACAUUUGCUCAGAACUGCAGAAACAUCGAGGUGUUGAAUCUGAACGGCUGCACCAAGAUCACAGACAGCACCUGCCUCAGCCUCAGCAAGUUUUGCUCCAAACUCAAACACCUAGAUCUCACCUCCUGUGUGUCCAUCAGCAACCACUCCCUCAAGGCUCUCAGUGAUGGCUGCAGAAUGCUGGAGAUGUUGAACCUGUCAUGGUGUGACCAGAUCACACGUGACGGUAUUGAGGCUCUGGCUAGAGGCUGCACUGGUUUACGAGCACUGUUCCUCAGAGGCUGCACACAGCUGGACGAUGGAGCAUUGAAACACCUUCAGAAACACUGCCCAGAACUCACCACCAUCAAUAUGCAGUCUUGCACACAAAUAACAGAUGAAGGCCUGGUCAGUCUGUGCCGAGGAUGCCACAAGCUACAGAUCCUCUGUGUGUCUGGCUGCAGUAACAUCACGGAUGCCUCUCUCACUGCACUGGGACUCAACUGUCCCCGACUCAAGAUUCUUGAAGCUGCACGAUGCUCCCAUGUUACGGACGCAGGGUUCACUGUGCUGGCCAGGAAUUGUCAUGAGCUUGAAAAAAUGGACUUAGAAGAAUGUAUUUUGGUGACAGAUAACACCCUGGUUCAGCUGUCUAUCCACUGCCCUCGCCUGCAAGCACUGUCCCUGUCCCACUGCGAGCUGAUCACAGAUGAUGGCAUCAGAGCUCUGAGCAGCAGUACCUGUGGCCAAGAGCGCCUCACUGUGGUGGAGCUGGACAACUGCCCCCUCAUCACUGAUGUUACCUUGGAGCACCUGAAGAGCUGCCAUCGUCUGGAGCGCAUUGAGCUCUACGACUGUCAGCAAGUCACCAGGGCUGGCAUCAAACGCAUCCGGGCCCAUCUUCCAGAGAUCAAGGUCCACGCCUACUUUGCCCCAGUGACACCCCCUCCCUCUGUACAUGGAGGUGGCCAGCGUCUGUGCCGCUGCUGCAUCAUCCUCUGACAGUGGAGGGCCAGGGGGGGCCACCUCUGUCUACAGGUCCUGCUGCUCUGAUAUGGGCUGAAAUGGGGUUGGGGGGGACUGGGGUAGGUG